GGAGACUACUGCAAGUGGAAGAACAAAUGCAAAGUAAUUCCCCGGCUGUUUGGCAACCUCUGCAUUGGAUACCUAGAAGCUUGGUCAGAUGCAUGUGAGCGUAGCGGCGUCGUGUUGGCUUUCCGUCAGCAACAUUCUUCAAGUGGAUAUGAUAGCGAAUCUAGAUUCUACCUUGCUUACUCGCGAGUUGCAGGUAAACCACUAAAGGCAGUGCAGUAGCGUCUCAUCAUGAAUGAUAAUGAUUGAUCUGAGUCCUGCAUUCAUUCACCCCUUGAUCGCUCUACUGAUCGGCGUCGGCGUUGAUGUUGCAAUGCUUGGCAUGUCUUGGCAUGUCAAUGAUGUGUAAACGCUGUAACACAGCCAUUGCUUGUGGGUGCUUAAAUGGUGAACUUGCGAGUAACGCACAACGAGAAGCGUCGAUCUGGUCUCCACAAACUCGAUGAGUCAGCCUAUUGCUUUGUACGUCGACGCUGGCAUUCAGGCAUCUAAGUACUCCAAUGUCGGAAUGUUUGCUGUUUUAGUCAGUGUAAUCGCUGACUUGGUAUGUGAUGCUGACUCAAAGUGGGUCUGGCACCGCAAAUGGACAUUUGUGCGAUUUAUAUUCACUGUAUCACGAUACUUGCCAUUUUUUGGCAUUGGGAUGACAUUCAUCGCUGCCCUUCGAACACAAUACUAUCCUGGUGAAAGCUGUGUUAGAUUCGGGCAAGCGUCAAACGUGUUGCAUAUCAUCUGCAUUCUAGCCGCAGAAGGCUUGCUAAUAACGAGAAUCUAUGCUUCCUGGAAGAGUAAACGUCUACUGACAUUCCUUUUGGUUUUUCCCGUCGUUUGUUUCGUGAUCUCUUACGUCUUAUCGCACUCUCCCUUAGUAGUCUUUGAGUACGAAAACGCGUUCCCAAUUAAUAUACCGGAUCCGGCCAGCUGUCUUUUCUCGAGCGGGAGGGGUAAUGUCUUCCAGUACGCCGCUCUGUUUCUCUAUGAACUGGUCCUCUCGUGCUUGAUGUUGUACAUCAGAUUCAGAAAGUACAGCGAUGCCAUCGGACCCCUCCAAGAAACGUUUUUUAGCGACUCGCUGAGAUAUAUGAUGUACAUCAUGGUCAUGUCUUCGUUCAGCAUAAUUUUGACCAUGGCUCCUCCGCUCACAUGGGUUUCGAUCACAGACUCUCCGCAAGUUGUCAUCCACAGUGUUCUAGCCUCUCGGAUCCUUUUCAACCUACGAGCAAGUGAAGGACGAUCGCGAAUCCAUACAACAUUGACGGAUGUAUCUGAGAUGCAAUUUGAAAUUGGAGGAGGUCGAUUUUCGACACCGGUACUUGAUGUUUAAGUGUUUUGUUUUGUUUUAUUUUCUCUCUACUCUGUAUCUCCUGCGACUAAAUAUGAGAUGCAACCGUUAGAUGGUGGACGAGCCCGUACUUAUAGUCAGCAAUAUUUCAAGGUGCACUUUGGGCAUGUAAUUACCUCGCAAUGCUAUUCAAAGGACUCAUACAAAGAUCCCUCUGCAUAGUUUAGAUCUUAGAGUAGAUGCUAUUUGUGUGGGACAAUGAAACAUCAGUUGAAAAUGGUCGGUGCGAGUGUAAAUAGGAAACAACUUUAUAUUUCCAUAAAGCUGCAGGGAUGAGAUGAACAUCGUGGC